AUGGGGGAGGCUCUGGAACAGUUCUUCAUUCUCCUCGGGCUGCUGGUGUGCCUGGCCGGCCUGGCAAAGUGCGUGAGAUUCUGCAAAUGCGUUUUACUGAGCUUCCGGAAAGUUCUGCCAAGGUCUUUCUUGCAGUCGAUGGGACAGUGGGCAGUGGUCACCGGAGCAGGAGAUGGGAUUGGGAAAGCAUACUCACUGGAGUUGGCAAAAUGUGGACUCAACGUGGUGCUUAUCAGGCCUAACUGUGGCCUUCUCUUCCAGAUGACACAGCUCGUUCUGAAACCCAUGGAAGCAAGGCUGAGGGGGCUCAUCUUGAACAUUUCUUCUGGGGUAGCGCUCUGCCCAUGGCCUCUGUACACUCUUUACUCGGCUUCCAAGGCUUUUGUGUGCACAUUUUCCAAGGCACUGCAAGCGGAAUACAGAGCAAAAGGAAUCAUCAUCCAGGUGCUGACCCCCUACGCGGUUUCCACCCCGAUGACCAAGCAUCUGAAUACCAACAUGGUCACCAAGAGGGCCGAUGAGUUUGUUAGAGAAUCACUGAAUUACAUCACGGUGGGAGAUGAGACCUGUGGCUGCCUGGCCCAUGAAGUCUUG